CAGGAGGCUCUGCUGGAACCUCUGCCUGCAAGAAGGCAAUGGAGAAAUCCCGACCCUUAUGGGACAAUCCCCUACAGUUUGUUUUCGCCUGCAUUUCCUAUGCUGUGGGGCUGGGAAAUGUGUGGAGGUUUCCAUACUUAUGUCAGAUGUACGGAGGAGGUGGCUUUUUGAUCCCAUACCUUAUCAUGCUGAUUGCUGAGGGGAUGCCGCUGCUGUACUUGGAGCUGGCCGUGGGGCAGCGCAUGAGGCAGGGCAGCAUCGGCGCCUGGAAAAUAAUAAGCCCCUACCUCUGCGGCGUUGGAGUUGCCAGUGUUGUUGUCUCCUUCUUCCUCUCCAUGUACUACAAUGUGAUAAAUGCCUGGGCCUUCUGGUACCUCUUCCACUCCUUCCAGGACCCCCUGCCAUGGGCCACCUGCCCCCUCAACAGCAACCGCACGGGCUACGAGGAGGAGUGUGAGAAGACAUCGUCCACGCAGUACUUCUGGUACCGCCAGACCCUGAACAUCUCCCCGUCGCUGGAGACCAGCGGGAGCGUGCAGUGGGAGCAGGCGCUGUGCCUGACGCUGGCCUGGCUCGUGGUUUACCUCUGCAUCCUCCGCGGCACCGCCUCCACCGGCAAGGUCGUCUAUGUGACAGCCUCUUUGCCAUACUGUGUUCUCAUCAUAUACCUCAUCAGAGGAUUAACACUUCACGGAGCUUUGAAUGGGCUCGUCUACAUGUUCACACCAAAGGGGCAGUGCUGGGCACUCUGUGGAACUUCAUGGUCUUGCUCUCUUGUCUGGCUUUUGCAGCUGGAGCAGCUGUCGAACCCCAAGACCUGGAUCAGCGCUGCCACGCAGAUCUUCUUCUCGCUGGGCCUUGGCUUCGGCAGCCUCAUUGCCUUUGCUAGCUACAACGAGCCCAGCAACAACUGCCAGAGACACGCCAUCAUCGUGUCCCUCAUCAACAGCACCACCUCCAUAUUUGCCAGCAUUGUCACUUUCUCCAUCUACGGCUUCAAGGCGACCUUUAACUAUGAGAGCUGUAUCAACAAGGUGAUCCUGCUGCUGCUGAAUGCUUUUGACCUGGAGGAAGGCUCUGUAACAGCAGACAACCUCAAUGAGAUGAAAGAUUACCUCAUGGCCACCUACCCACAGGAAUACGCCCAAUUAGCGCCACAGAUUAAAAACUGCAGCUUGGAAGCUGAACUAGACACAGCUGUCCAGGGGACAGGAUUGGCAUUUAUAGUCUAUUCUGAAGCGAUCAAAAACAUGGAGGUGCCCCAGCUGUACUCAGUGCUCUACUUCUUUAUGCUGCUGAUGCUGGGCAUUGGCAGCAUGCUGGGGAACACGGCUGCCAUCCUCACGCCACUGACCGACAGCAGGGUCAUUGCCUCCCGCUUUCCCAAGGAGGUGAUCUCAGGUGUUGUGUGUUUCAUGAAUUGUAUAAUUGGCCUGAUCUUCACCCUGGAGGCUGGAAAUUACUGGUUUGACAUCUUCAAUGACUACGCAGCCACCCUCUCCCUGCUGCUCAUCGUGCUGGUGGAAACCAUCGCUGUGUGUUACAUCUACGGGUUAAGGAGAUUUGAGAAAGAUCUUUACACCAUGAUUGGACGCAAGCCAAACUGGUAUUGGAAAAUUAUGUGGGCUUUUGUUAGUCCACUGCUAAUUAUAAGCCUAUUUAUUUUUUACCUCACCGACUAUAUCGUCACAGGAACAUUGCAAUACCAAGCAUGGGAUGCCACACAGGGGCAGCUGGUGACCAAGGAUUACCCAGGCUAUGCCCUGGCAGUGAUCGGGUUGCUGGUGGCAGCAUCCACCAUGUGCAUACCCCUGGGAGCACUAGUGACUUUUAUAAGGAAGAGACUGAAGAGGGAACGAGUUUCAACUGUUGCGUGAAAGCUGACAGCUGCAUUUGGGAAGACCGUCACCAGUGACUGGGCACUUCUGGAAGACAGCAGCAACCAUUAUUUGUAGCAGCUAUUUAUAGAGUUGAGAAUGGUGGGUGCUAAAAUGACCAAAAAGUGCUCUUGGGAGGUUCCACAAUGGUUUGGGGGGAAAAAAAAAAAAAAAAAAAAGCUCUUCUGUAACAAGAUGAAGC